AUGUUGCAGGUUCUAUCAGACAUCAGAUCUAAAAUGUUCGUUGCACCUUAUCCUCCUGAUUAUAGUAUUGCCUUUUGGAUAUCAUCAAACAGAAAUGCAAUCACAGACUUGUAACGAUUGUCUUUAGUGAAAAUAUUGCAUAAUGGCUUUAAAAAAGUAAUUACAUGA